AUGGCUUCAGAUCAAGAGGAGGACGAGUUCCUCGGUUUUUCCGAUGAUGAAGGAGACGGCACGAACUCUGAUUCAGAUUAUAAUGAUGAUGAAGCAACCCAAAAUGCUGUAAGUGAAGUAAAUGCUCAUCAAAUAGGGGACUUUGAGCAAAAUCAACAAUUGCCAGAUCUGAAUGAAGUGGGACAAGAAUAUGCACAAGAAUGUGAAGUGGGACCACAUCAUACAUCAGGUAUAUCAGAUAACCACUCAGUUCCAUUUUUGUUUGAUUUGAACAUGCCAACACAACAAGAGUUCCCACCAUCUCCAAUUCAUCAAACAGAAACAGAGCAAAAUCAUCAUAAGCCUAGAACCCCAAGGAUUAACAACGAAUUAAGGUUGGAAAUCUUGUUGUUCCUUCUCUUAAGAAAAGAAAAGCAUUCAGAUGAACUCAUUCAUGGGACAAAUAGGCAGGCUGUUAUAAAGUUUGGUUACACAAGGAAGACAAUUAGACUAAUAUGGCAGAGAGCAUUGGCACAUAAGGCAGCCAUGGAUUCGUAUUUCUAUGAUAGCAAAUAUCACAACUGUGGGAGAAAGAGAAUUCAAGUAACAUAUGAGUCUAUAGCCUCCAUAGCCAUGGGGGAUAGAACAACCAUUAUUGAUCUAGCAAGGAUGCUCAAUUUGAGUCCCACAACAGUUUGGAGAAUGGUGAAAAGAAAACAGAUAAAACCACAUUCAAGUCCAUUGAAUCCAGGCAUUUCAGAAGAAUGCAAGAUGGCAAGGAUGAAGUGGGUACUUGGUCUCUUAAUGGACUACUCAAUACCAAAUGAUCCCACAUAUUACAGCAUGUAUGAUUUCAUUCACAUCGAUGAGAAAUGGUUCUAUCUUACACAAAAAAGUCAAAGAGUUUAUUUAGCAAACAAUGAACCAUUUCCACACAGGAAGGGAAAAUCAAGAACUAAGAUUCCAAAGUUCAUGUUUAUGGCAGCAGUAGCAAGGCCAAGGUGGGGACAAGAUGGGCAGUGUGAGUGGGAUGGGAAACUUGGUAUAUUUCCAUUCACAGAUGCAGUGGCAGCAAAGAGAACAUCCAAAAAUAGAGUCAAGGGGACAAUUGAGACUAAACCAAUCAAGUCAGUUAAUCAGAUUGCAACUAGGGCCAUGCUAAUCAACUACCUAAUCCCAGCAAUUAAAGAGAAAUGGCCACCACAUGAGGGGGAAAGGCAAGAUGGCUUCACAUUGAUAUUGACUCAGCAGCCAGCAAACAGUCCAGAUUGUAACAUAUUAGACUUGGGGUUCUUUAGGUCAAUUCAAUCACUAAUGCACAAAAAGAUGCCUAAAACAGUUGAAGAUUUAAGUGGUGCUGUGACUGAGGCAUAUAAUGAACUGCAUGCAAAGACUCUAUCUAAUGUGUGGAUGUCACUUCAAUAUGUUGGAAAUGAAAUUUUGAAACACAAGGGGGACAAUGACUACCAACUCCCACACAACAAGAAAAAGAUUUUAGAAGAUGAGGGGAAUCUGCCAGAACAAGUUAAGGCCCCAAGGUGGGCUGUGAAUGAAUGCAAACAACUUGUUGAUGAAUGGAGAGCAAAUCAGUGA